UCCAAAGUGGCAGUGUUUCUAAGCAACCAGUAAAAUGAGGGCUUAACAGAGGAUUUAUAAACACUUGAAUCACUGCGAUUUAUUGGCCAGGAGGAUGCUGAUCAUCCUUAAAACCAGCAGAGGAAGAACUGCAUCUCUUCAAACUCCACUCUAACUUGUCAGGAGUCGGAAAGUACAACAGAGAGACAGAAGCUUUAAGAGCCCAGGACAGACAGGACACAGUAAACCUGCUCAGGUGUGUGUUCAUGAAGAGGAUGCUGCAGCUGGAGACGCUCACCGUCGGCCCGAUGAUGGUCGUUGACACAGUGUCUGAAGUCACGGCUCUUCUGCUUCUUCUGCUGCUGCUGCUGCUGCUCUUUGCUGCCUGGAGCCGAACAUCACACUCACAGAUACCUGGUCCCUCCUACUUGGCAGGACUUGGUCCAGUCCUGUCCUACAGCAGAUUCAUCUGGACUGGGAUAGGAACGGCAAGCAACUACUAUAACAACAAAUAUGGCAGCAUGGUCCGAGUCUGGAUUAAUGGCGAAGAGACCCUCAUUCUGAGCAGGUCUUCAGCAGUGUAUCAUGUUCUGAGGAGCGCCCACUACACCGCCAGAUUCGGGAGCAAAAGAGGACUUGAGUGUAUUGGGAUGGAAGGAAGAGGAAUCAUCUUCAAUAGUGAUGUGCUGCUCUGGACGAAAGUGAGGACAUAUUUUUCCAAAGCUUUGACAGGGCCCGGCCUCCAGAGGACAGUGGGAAUCUGUGUGAGCUCCACAGCCAAACACCUGGACCGUCUGCAGGAGAUGACCGACCCCUACGGACAUGUUGACUCUCUCAAUCUGCUGAGAGCCGUAGUGGUGGACAUCUCCAACAGGCUUUUCCUCAGGGUGCCGCUCAACGGUCAGCUGCACAUUUAUUAUCUGUGCAUUCUGCACUCAAACUCUGUAUUUUCUGCCAGGAAAAAUAGUUCAAAUUCAUGCAUUGUAGCUCCUGACUCUGUUUUUUUUGUUCCGCAUAACUCAGAAAAGGACUUGCUGAUGAAAAUCCAAAACUACUUUGAAACCUGGCAAGCAGUUCUCAUAAAGCCUGAUAUAUUCUUCAAGAUCGGAUGGCUGUAUAACAAGCACGAGAGAGCGGCCCAAGAGCUGCAAGAUGCAAUGGAGAGCCUUCUGGAAAUGAAAAGAAAGAAUAUAAAUGAGUGUGAGAAGCUGGAUGAUGAUCUUGACUUUGCAACGGAGCUCAUCUUUGCUCAGAAUGUCGGAGAGCUUUCAGGAGAUAAUGUCAGGCAGUGCGUGCUGGAGAUGGUGAUUGCAGCACCUGACACACUUUCCAUUAGCCUCUUUUUCAUGCUGAUGCUGCUGAAACAAAACCCAGAUGUGGAGCUGAGGAUAGUGGAGGAGAUCAACACGGUCUUGAGUGAAAAAGGUGAAAACAUUGAUUAUCAAAACUUGAAAGUGCUGGAGAGGUUCAUCAAUGAGUCCCUGAGGUUUCACCCUGUGGUGGAUUUCACGAUGCGAAAGGCUUUGGCAGAUGACUAUAUCGAAGGCACUAAAAUCAAAAAAGGAACCAACAUCAUUCUCAACAUUGGUCUCAUGCAUAAGACUGAAUUCUUCCCCAAACCCAAAGAGUUCAGCCUGAUGAACUUUGACAAAACAGUGCCCAGUCGUUUCUUCCAGCCCUUUGGCUGCGGGCCUCGUUCCUGCGUGGGCAAACACAUAGCCAUGGUGAUGAUGAAGGCCAUCCUGGUCACUCUGCUGUCUCAGUACACCGUGUGUCCUCGCCGUGGCUGCACCCUCAACAGCAUCAGGCAGACCAACAACCUGUCGCAGCAGCCUGUGGAGGACGAGCACAGCUUGGCCAUGCGCUUCAUCCCUCGAACAUGAACUCAAGUCAGACAGCAUGCAGCUGUUACAUGGUGGAAGCUACUCAGUAGUUUAUUUUUUAAGAAUGUAACCCAUACAAAAAUAUUCCAUGGCAAAUAUUGUACAAAUUUGCAAAAAUCCCACCAACUCUGGUACUCUGGUUUUCAUAGUUCUUUUAGUAUUUCUUACUAAAUUAG